AUGGGGUGGCCGCCCUCAUCAUCACCCCGCCAACCCUCCCACCACCCCACCGAUCUGUGCCGGCAGGGCCGCGGGCAGGGGAGCAGCCCCGGCUCAUCCCAUCUCCUCUCCCCAGGGCUCUGGGGGCUGGUGAACAACGCGGGGAUCGCCACCCCCAGCGCCCCUAACGAGUGGCUGACCAAGGAUGACUUCGUCAAGGUGCUGGACGUCAACCUGGUCGGCCUCAUUGAGGUGACGCUGAGCCUCCUGCCCCUGGUGCGGCGAGCGCAGGGCCGGGUGGUCAACGUGGCCAGUGUGAUGGGCCGCAUCGCCUUUUUUGGUGGGGGCUACUGCAUCUCCAAGUUUGGCGUGGAGGCUUUCUCCGACAGUCUCCGGCUUGAGAUGCGCAGCUUCGGGGUGAAGGUCAGCAUGAUCGAGCCAGGCUACUUCAAGACGGUGAUCACCAAUGUCGAGAACCUGGAGAAGAAUUUUCUUUCCACCUGGGAGAGGCUCCCGGAGGAAACCAAAGCGAGUUAUGGGGAGAAUUACUUAAAGGAGUUUUUGGUAAGGCUCAGGAAGGCGCUGAAGAGGUGCAGCUCCAACCUGACGCUGGUCACGGACUGCAUGGAGCACGCGCUGACCAGCCGCUUCCCACGCACCCGCUACUCGGCGGGCUGGGACGCCAAGCUGCUCUACAUCCCCCUCAGCUACCUGCCGUCAGCCCUCACGGACAUCAUAUUCAGCUGGUCCUACCCCAAACCUGCCUGGAGAGGUCCAGUGCCCGCUGGGGUGUGA